AUGCAAAAUGCUGCACAGGACGAGGAACAUGCAGCCGCUCAAAAUCAAGAAACUGCGCAGUACCUGAAAGUCGCGAAAGACCGAGAGGUCGAGCAAGGGCAAGGAGCAGCACAAGCGGCUGAAGCCGAGAAGAGGCGGAAGAAAAAGAAAGGCCACAGGCGUGGUGGAACCAAAAGACGGUUGAUGUCCCUGGUAUAUUACCGGCAGCUGAUGACACGUGGUCAGCGUCCAGGUGGAUGGCCAUUACAUGCGCCUAAUUCUGCCGAACAGCCGCAAGUACCAGUACAUUACCCCGCUUUACGAAGGCCAGGUCGUUUUCCCCCGCAGAAAUUUGGCUUUUUCAAUGAAACAGUGCCUUCGGUUCAUCCUGGCCAUCCAGGCUCAGAAAAACGCGCAGCCUAUGGCAGGUUAACUCAUGUUGCUGGGAUUAAUGAGCUGUUCGCGCGGAUGUUGUGCAAGAAGCUGGAAAUGAUUCGCAGCCCAUCUCGCCUCAAUCGUUUGCAUACGGACAUCAUGAAUUUGCUACAGCAAGCACUUGCCGAAGAAUCGAAAAAGUGA